CACUUUUUGGCCAUCCUGGACACCUACAUGUCAGCACUUUUCCUGAGUAAGCUGAAAGAAAAACAACCUCCAACAAAAAUCCCAGUGGAAGACUGCCAGGUGUGUAAAGCAGAAGAAGGUGAUGAAGGACCAGGAGCAGCAGAGCUACUGGCAGGAGACAGGUCGAUGGGCAGGCUAUGAGGAGAGCUUCGACCCGCAUGCUGGAGUGUGGGCAUGCUCGCACAUCUCCUACCUCACCUUCAAGAGCCUCAUCCAGUUGCGACGCACCAUGAACAAUGUUGUAACAAUCUUCGAUUGCGAGGAGAAGAAUUUAGCCGCCAUCGCUGAGAAGAUAGUUGGCGAGAUGGUUAGCAAGAAAGAGAUUAGAUCUGGAGACCGGGAAGGUGUGCUGAAAUCUCUGCUGCAGAAUCGCAGUGAAUCAGCUGACCCUGAAAGCCAGAAGCUGACUGAUGGGAUGGACCUGCACAGGUUUUCAGUGAAGGAAAGAAAAGAUGAAUGUGAUCAUGUUGAGGCCUCCAUGGUGCUCGUAGGAGCCUUAGACUUUCUGGAGAAAGCCACAGUUGUUUUUGUGAGGUUAAAGGAAGCAGUGACCCUUGACUCAGCUUUGGAGGUCCCGGAGCCCGUUCGCUUUGUCUUUGUUCUGAUUGGUCCAAGCAAGAUUGACCUGGACUACCAAGAGACUGGUCGUGCUAUGGCAGCUCUGAUGGCUGAUAAAGUUUUUAAUCAGGAAGCCUUUCAAGCAAAGAGCGCCAGGGAUUUAACAGACGCCUUGGUGGAUUUUAUUGAUUGCAGCAUCGUCAUCCCACCUACUGAAAUCAAGGACGAAGCGAUGCUCAGCUCCAUCAUUAGCUUUCAGAAGAAAAUCCUGAAGGACAGACUACAGUCUCAAGACCUCACGCUCCGAAGGGACUCCAAAACUCGCCGAGUUUCUAUAGCUAGUGGGGCUCCUGCUGAAGAUCCCCUUUCACGCACCGGUCGACCUUUCGGUGGGAUGAUUCGAGACAUAAAGAGACGCUACCAAUACUACAAGAGUGACCUCAAAGAUGCCCUGAAUGCCCAGGCACUCGCUGCCAUCAUUUUCAUCUACUUUGCUGCCUUGUCUCCUGCCAUCACUUUUGGAGGCCUGCUAGCUGAUAAGGUGGACAACAUGAUGGGUGUAUCAGAGCUCCUUAUUUCCACCAGCAUCCAAGGCAUUAUCUUCUGCUUAGUAGCUGCUCAGCCCAUCUUGGUUAUUGGUUUUUCCGGCCCUCUUUUGGUAUUUGAAGAGGCCUUUUUUGCAUUCUGUAAGUCUCAGGAUAUUGAGUACAUCGUUGGGAGGGUGUGGGUCGGCGUGUGGCUUGUCUUCCUUGUGGUGAUCAUUGUGGCUUUUGAGGGCAGCUUUCUAGUGCGCUACAUCUCACGCUUCACACAAGAAAUCUUUUCCAUCCUCAUCUCCAUCAUCUUCAUUUAUGAAACCUUUGCCAAGUUGGGAAGGAUCUUCAGGACACAUCCCCUGAUUCUGAAUUAUGAUCAUGUAAAUGCAACAUUGGAAAAUCCCUGGCACCCAAGGGUGGAGGAGACCACCAUCUAUGACAACACUACUGGAAACAUAACAGUGAUUGUGAACACAGUGAAGCCACCUUACCCAAACACAGCCCUUCUCUCUAUGUGCCUCAUGUUUGGCUGCUUCUUUAUUGCCUACUUCCUGCGGCAGUUUAAGAAUGGGACCUUUCUUCCUGGAAAUGUCAGGCGCUUGAUUGGUGAUUUUGGAGUGCCCAUUGCUAUUUUCAUCAUGGUUGUUGUGGACUAUAACAUUGAGGAUACCUACACUCAGAAACUAGUUGUUCCUAAAGGUUUAAUGGUAUCCAAUCCAGACAAAAGAGGCUGGCUUAUCAAUCCCUUUGGAGAGAACAAAUAUUUUCCCGUGUGGCUCAUGUUUGCAUCCUGCAUUCCUGCUCUGCUUGUCUUCAUUCUCAUCUUCCUGGAGUCUCAGAUCACUACUCUGAUCAUCAGUAAACCUGAGCGUAAGAUGGUCAAAGGUUCUGGGUUCCACUUUGACCUGCUGGUUUUAGUCGGCAUGGGAGGACUCAGUGCCAUAUUUGGUGUGCCUUGGCUGAGCGCCGCCACAGUCCGAUCUGUAACCCACGCUAACGCUCUCACAGUCAUGAGCAAAGGAACUAAACCCAAGAUAGAGAAAGUAGUGGAGCAGCGGGUGAGCGGCAUUGUGGUAGCCUUGCUUGUUGGUUUAUCAAUUCUGAUGGAGCCAAUCCUUAAGCUUAUUCCCAUGUCAGCCUUGUUUGGGAUCUUCCUCUACAUGGGAGUGACGUCACUAAAUGGCAUCCAGCUGUGGGAUCGUAUCCUGCUUUUCCUCAUUCCAAAGAAAUACCACCCUAAUGAACCUUAUGCCACUAGAGUGAGCACAGGGCGAAUGCACCUGUUUACAGCCAUCCAGGUAGUUUGCCUUGCCCUCCUGUGGCUUGUGAAGUCCAGCCCGAUAUCGCUUGCUCUUCCCUUUGUUCUAAUCCUCACCAUCCCUCUCCGCAUGCUCAUGACAGGCCAUCUCUUCACCCAACUGGAAAUGAAAUGUCUGGAUGCCGACGACGCCAAGGUGAUGUUUGAGGAGGAGCCAGGGCAGGAUGUGUACUGUGAAACGCAGAUGCCUUUGUAGACAUCUUCAAUAAUAGCUGCUGAUACAUUUUUAUCUUAAAAUAAAAUCAAGUGAAAUUUUUAUUUCCUGAUGAGCAACGAUACUUUUAAUAUUUAUUUACUGUAACAUGUAAAAUGCACAAAUAGAUCAUAUUUAUUGAGUGUUAUUGUGGAUAGUUUUAGCAUUUUGUAGAAAGCCACUUAGAUAGAAUAUUUUUAGAGAACCUUUUUUGUGCUAGUUCGUUUAAGAUUCAUUUGAUAUGCGCUCCAUAAAAUAUAAAAUAAAGUUAGUGAAUCUGUGAUGUGCUGAUAUUUUCUGGUGCAACCCAGACAAGCCCCCAAAAAUGGCUAGGUCACAAUUCAAAACAGAGAAAAGAAAUGUGAGCUUGGUUCAUUUUUAAAAUUGUAUGUGAAAAGAAGGAAUGUAGGAGAAAAGCAUUGAUUCCUGCAGACUUGAUCCGAGGAUAUGCAUCAUUAGACAGCAUUAGACAGUAUAGUCCUUGUUUUCAACCGACAUACAGUACAGACAUCAUGUUCUCUUGUUUCAUGUUUGACACUGUUCUAUAAUUUUAGUUUCUCAUAGAGUGUACCAGAACAUAUUGCACAUUGACAUUUUACAUACACCUAUACUUUAUUUUAUGGAAGGCAUGCCAAUAGAAUGUUAUUUGGUCAAUGGCAAGUAGAGGAGUGAUUUACAUAUAAAACUAAUGCCAACCCUUUAAAAGAAAUUGCAUUCAUAGCCAAACCUGUAUGUUUUGCCAUGCAAUUACACUUAAUGUAAUAAUAGUUUAAAAAAACUGUUUCUAUCUGCGUUUGCUUACUUGAAUAUAAAUUCUGAUUAAAAUGUUUUGAGAGGUAUAAGCUACCUGUGCAGAAAACUGAAUGCAGGCUUCAGAAACAGUGGUCUGUGGCAAUGCAAAGGAUGAAGGUUUUUGUGUUUUUAAAAACUUAUUUUCAUGUUGUUGCUGUCUUCAUGUCAUCUUUAAUGUAAAUAUUAGUAAAGGAAAAUUCAUGAAUCAUG